AAGGUGGCGCUACUGCACCCGACAGCUUACUCUGGCUGCCAGCGGCCAUUUAAACCAAAAGAGACGAAGAAGAAGGAGGAGCAGGAAGAAGGAGGAGAAAAUAUGGCAGUAAGCUAAUUUGGCAUACAGACAGCUAGCUGGCCCUUAAACAAUGUGUACCAGUCAAGAUGGGGCAGACCCUGUGCAUGUGCUCCCGUGGCUCCAUCACCAUUGAUAACAAAACAUAUUACUUUGUCCAGAAAUUAGACGAAGGUGGGUUUAGUUUUGUCGAUCUGGUGGAGGGAGCAAAGGAUGGACGCUUCUAUGCCCUGAAAAAGAUCCUGUGCCAUGACCGUGAAGGCCGUCAGGAGGCUCAGACAGAGGUGGAGAUGCAUCAGAUGUUUAAUCACCCUAACAUCUUGAGCCUGGUUGCUCACACGUUUGUUGAUCGUGGAGGCAAGAGUGAAGCCUGGUUACUUCUGCCUUAUAUGAGAAAAGGCAGCCUUUGGUCUGUCCUGGAGAAGCUAAGAGACAAGGGAAGCUCAAUGCCUGAAAAACAGAUUUUGCAAAUCUUGCGUGGCAUCUCCUCUGGACUCAAGAACAUGCACGAAAAAGGCUUUGCACACAGAGACCUGAAGCCCACAAAUGUGCUUCUGGAUGAGGAUGACAGGCCAGUUCUGAUGGACCUGGGCUCCAUGAACCGUGCCAGGAUCGAGGUCAGAGGAUCCAGAGAAGCCAUGACCAUUCAGGACUGGGCAGCCCAGCGAUGCACCAUUUCCUACAGGGCUCCUGAGCUCUUUAAUGUCGAGAGCCACUGCAUAAUAGAUGAGCGCACUGAUAUCUGGUCACUCGGCUGUGUGCUUUACUGCAUGAUGAUGUUGGAGGGGCCGUAUGACAUGGUAUUUCAGAAGGGGGACAGUGUUGCCCUGGCAGUCCAGAAUCCAGUGGCAAUCCCACAGUCUUGCAGUUACUCACAGGGCCUUCAGAUGCUGCUGAGCUCCAUAAUGGUGUCAAAUCCCCAGGAGAGACCAAACAUCAGCUGGGUUCUUGACCAGGUACAGGACCUGCAGAGUCGCAGCCCCAACACCCAAACCAACAUGGUCUGAUCUUGCACGGUGCACUGACUUUGGGAGACCUUUGCACACAUAAAGAAACACCUCUAAUUUUGAGCUUGAAAAUACUGUAAAGGCCUUGGUACAGACUUUCACUCAGCUUGGGAAGCUUGGCAACAGUAUCAACUUUUGGUUUGAUUGACCUGAUCCAAACUGUGUACGAUAGUGGACUGUCAUGAAGUUAGAAAUAUCUAACGAAUCUUAAGGGCCUGAAAUGUAAUCAUCCAAAAUGAUGUUUUUACAAUGGUCAAAUGUUGGCUCUAAUAAUGAAAUGCCUUUAUUGUGUUAUCUUAAAGGGAUCAUUUGAAAUUUUCAAAAAUGUGAUCAUUUGUUUUCUCAGAAAGUUAGUUGAGAGUAUAGACAUCACUUUCAUGCCUGUGUGUUCAUUGUGAGGCUGUAGCCAGCAGCCUGCUAGCAUAGUUAAGCAUGAAGACCCGAGAAAGGGGGAACCAGUUUGCUUGGCUCUGUCCUAAAGUAAAGAGAUCGCCUACAAGCACUUUUAUAACUCACUUAUUAUCGUUUUAUAUAUUGUGUGCUUAAUCUGUACAAAACCCACAAUUUAAAAAAGACAAGUGGUUGUUCUUAGGAGGUUAAUUGCAGGGUUAUUUUUUUACACUUAAGCUUUUACGUAGAUUAAGCAAAGAAGAUAUAAUGUGAUAAUGAGUGAGCUGUAGAGGUGCGGGUGGGGGGAUUUUGUUGCCUUUUGACAGAGCUAGACUCGCUGUCAGCCUUCAUGCUAACAAGCUGCUGGCUGCACUCUUCACAGCAUAUUCUUAAAAAAAAUAUUAAAAUUGUGGUUUGCAUUUUAUAUAGUAAAAGGGACUACAUAAAAUCUUUGCCAAACUUUCCAGUUGAUGAAAGCUACCCGAGUUUAAUACAUAUCAGAUUACGUUCCCUACAAUGAAGGAUUAUGGUCCAAUUCAAUUUAUUAUUUUCAACUGUAUUCCUAAGUUUUCUGUGUGUAACAUCUUGUAAUUACACGAGUGUCACAAUAACAACCUUGCCAUCAGCUUUUCUCCACACCCUCACUGUCACAGUUUUGCUACUGGGGAAAGUUGAGAGGCAGGGUGCUCCUCACCCGCAAUGCUGCUUUUGAACACACAGAGGUGCUCCAUCAUCACAUUCCCCUUCUCCACAUGUUGACCUGAUGAUUGCCCGUGUUUCUGCCUGCACAGUUGAUUAUGUGUGCCUGGGUUCUUUAUAAAAUGAGGAGAAGAGUAUCUGCUUACAUACAGAAAAGGAAAAAAAAACUUUUAACUAGAACAGUGUUACUGUUAAAAGCCUAAACAAUAGGAAAUUAACUUUUAAUCAGUUAAAGGAAUGACUUGGAAAUAUGUUACUAAUUGUAUUGUCAUAUAUCCUGUUGCGGUUUAACCCUGUUUUUAUUUCACUUUUCUCUGUAUAUUGUGUUUUUAAAUUCCUUUCCAGCCUUGCUUCUGUUGAAGAAUAAGUUCACCCAAAAAUGAAAGUUCAAUCAUUAUCUACUCAUUUUCAUACCUAUGAAAACAGAUGAAAUUUCGUAGUCCACAUAACAUUUCUGGAGCUUCAGAGCAAAACAGCAUUGCAGCAUUCGCCCAAAAACGAAAUGAAAUGGCUCCAAGCAGCAAGUUCAGCUCAGUCCAAAUCUCUGGAAGCCCCUGAGGUUGCAAAUUGAUUCUAAAAAGAUGUUAACACCCUUUUAUAAACUGAAAUUGAACUGAAAGUGUUGGGACAAACCCUGACUGAAGUGGAUGCAGGAGCCUUUUUUUCAGGUUUUCUGUUUCAAAACAUGUCCUCAUCUACUUCAGUUAUUUAGGAAAAUUCUAGCUCCAGAAAUGUUUUGUGGACUAUGCAACUUGAACUUGAGUAGAUAAUGACUGCAUUUUCAUUAUUGGGUUCCAUGUCAUGUGUGAAUGUGGUGUCACGCUUUUGUUCUCUCAGGGUUCAUCCACAUCUCAGAGGGUCUUACCGUCUUACGUAGUAGACCUCAAUGGUACCAUUUCAAACUGCUUUUAGAUUGAAUUAUGCUUCGGGCAUUUAAGUGAAGACAAAUGUUUUGAUGACUGUGUAAUGUGGUGAUAUUGAACCAUAUAAGAACCAAAAUAUUUUCUUGACUGACAGUUAACUUAAACAGUUGAUUGUUGGAAUGGUAACUGACAUACUUUUUAAAUAUAUUUCCUUUUAAUGCAUUAAGUUUGUAAAAUGGCUAUAAAUAUUUGUGUGGUUGUUAAUGGAGAACUGUCACUGGCUGGUAAAAAUUAGGACUUUUCUAAGUGUACUACUAAAGUUCACAGAUGAUAUUAUAUGCAAGAGUGUGUUAUUUGAUUAUGGGAAAUUCUGUUUAAAUUAUGCUUUACCCCUUAUUCAAUGCACAGUAAAGGAUAAGUGAACAUUAUUUAUGUAGCAUUCUGUAUGCAGUUUUUGAUAUGAUUGUGAAAUAAAAUGGCACCCUAUGAAAAAUUAGUCAGUCACAAAAAGAAUGUGAAUCAGUAAUCAGAAACAAUGACCAGUAUUUGAUUAAUUUAAAAUGAGACUCAAAAGUCAACUUAUCUUAUUAAAAGGACCUUUUUACUUGGUACUCACAAUAAUAAAAAAAAUGAACCCUG